UUGUUUGAAAUCUUCAUGCGGGUUCGAUUUAGGGUUUGUUUAUGGGAUUUGAGAUCGAUUUGGGGGUUUCUAGUUAGGGUUCUUAAUCGAGUUUGUGUUUGCGAUUUACCGGUGAUUUUGUUCUAAUCAUUUAUGUUUCUGGUACAGAUGGAUCCCGCAGAAGAGAUAAGAGAGACAAAAAGGCAAAAGGAGUACAUCGAUAUGGUAGGAUUCGUGGCUGAUUCCGAAAACGGUAUUCCGACGAGGUGUCCCUGUGGUGGCACAAUCAUUCACGAGGUUCGGGGGAAGGACGACUAUGACACUCUUCCUGGGAAGCGUUUCUUCACCUGCAAAAACUACGAGGUAAGCGGUUCUUCUCAUUUCACUUAUUUGGAAUAAUAAUUUGAUUUUCAAACGAGAUUCUGAUAUGUGUUUUUGUUGUAAAUAAGGCUGAUGGGUUACAUUAUCGUCAGCCUUGGGUGAUAGGUGUCGAGGAGCAUAUCGAACGUCUCAGUAAGCGUUUGGAGGAGGUUGAGAUGGUGAUCAAGUGGAUGCCGGAGCUCACUAAACAAAUUGAGAGACUGGAGGCAAAGGUUAAAGACCUAACUGUGCAGGUUGAUAACCUCAAUGGAGAGGUUUACAACCUCUCUGUGCAGGUGGCGGACUUGGAGAAGCUCUGCUUCGACUGAAAAAGAAAAGGUAACACUUAACUACACUGGUAGCUAGGUAGACGUAUUGAAUGGUCGAGUUUUAAAAAAUUAACUACAUUGGUAGCUAGGUAGACGUAUUAGAGUACAAUUGCCGGUUUGGUUGGUUGCGUAAUGAAUGGUCGACUUUAAAAAAAUGAUUUGAUGUUUAUUGAAUGCUAUCUGUGUAGUACUUGUUGUGUAAUUAACUAUAAUCAAUGUUAGGUGGUUAGGGUAUGUUUAAUUUGCUUGUCCUUUGAAACACAAUACUACUUUAAAAACAUAAGCAAUCCACGCAAUCCACAUCUGAAAACACAAACCAAAAUUUUAAAACUUUAAUCGAAAACCAAAUGUAUCCUUUUUCCCUUAACUCUCCCGGUUUUGUUAACCUCCUCACUUCCCAGAGUAGUCAGCCAAUAGAUUUAGGGUGUUCAGAGGUUCCUAAACCUGCUGAAAGGCGAAAGUGGACAACGAAAGAAGAUGUGGUGCUGAUCAGUGCUUGGCUCAACACCAGCAAGGAUCCAAUCGUGAGUAAUGAGCAAAAGGCAGGAGAUUUUUGGAAGCGAAUAGAGGAGUAUGUAAAUGCUAGCCCUCUGCUUGUUGGCUCCGUUCCUAGGGAGUGGAGUCAAUGUAAGCAGAGGUGGGGAAGGGUGAAUGAGCAGGUGUGCAAGUUUGUGGGAAGUCAUGAAGCCGCUUUGAAGGAGCAGGCGAGUGGACAAAACGAGAAUGAUGUCAUGAAGGCUGCUCAUGACAUCUUCUUUAAUGACUACCAUGCGAAGUUCACACUGGAACAUUGUUGGAGAGAGCUUAGGUUUGAUCAAAAAUGGAGAUCACAUUCUUUGUCGAGAGAGGGUGCAAAGGAGAAAAGGAAGGAACCGGCAGAGGAGGUGGCUGCGGAGGAAGAUGUUAGGCCACCUGGUAUUAAGGCUAGCAAAGCAUCCAAACAAAAGAAGCACGGGAAUGAAGCAGCGUUUGAUCAGAUUGAGAGCAUAUUAGCCGCGAAAAAUCACAUAUCCAAACAGAAAAUCCUUGACCGUCUGCUAGCAAAAAAUGAAGAUAAACUUUCUGCUCAAGAAGUGUGUCUAAAAGAUAAACUAAUCUCUGAAAUGCUUUGAUUUGGUGAGAGGCUACUUUGUUAAUGAAUUUUUGAGUAGGUUAUUGGUUAAUGUGAACUUCUGUUGCUUUAAGUAUAUUGAUUAUGAUAAAUCUGCACCAAAUGCUAACAGUAUGUAUUGCUUUGUAGGUCACGGGUUGCAGGUGGAUGCGUGUGGAGGUGGAUGCUUGUAAGAUAGUCUCGGUUUCUGCUUGUAGGUGUAGGUAAUGUCAGGUCACGGGUUGAUGCUUGUAGGUGUAGGUUUGAUUCACGGGAGAGUGUAGUAUUUUGUCUUAUGUAGUAAGGAAAAGAUCAUCAAAUUUCAUCAACAAUGUCUUCCUCAUCAUCAAGCGAUGAAGCAGAUAAAGCUUUUGAUGAAAUGGUCGACGAAGUGGUUGAUAAUUUCAUAGACACAAUAGUUGAUGGUCAAACCAACAAAUCGAAGAGACGAGCUUAUAUCGAAAGAGACCGAGAACAAGGACACAAUCAACUAUGGAAAGACUAUUUCAUGGAAAAUCCUACAUACCCACCUGAAAUGUUUAGGCGGCGUUUCCGAAUGAACAAGCCAUUGUUCCUUCGCAUUGUCGAUCGCCUAAGUAGUGAAGUUCCCUACUUUCAGCAAAGGAGAGAUGCUUCCGGAAGGUACGGGCUAUCUCCACUUCAAAAGUGUACGGCAGCUAUACGUAUGCUCGCAUAUGGUCAAUCGGGAGACAGAAAUGACGAAUAUCUCCGACUUGGUGAUAGUACAUCACGUUUAUGUUUGGAAAAUUUCACUGAUGCGAUAAUACAAUUGUUUGGAUAUGAGUAUCUACGAAGCCCUACACCAGAAGAUCUUCAACGAUUACUCGAUGUUGGAGAGGUACGCGGGUUUCCAGGGAUGAUAGGCAGCAUCGACUGUAUGCAUUGGGAGUGAAAAAACUGCCCAACGGCUUGGAAAGGUCAGUUCACACGGGGUUCAGGAAAGCCGACAAUUGUCUUAGAAGCCGUGGCAUCACAAGAUCUUUGGAUAUGGCACGCAUUUUUCGGCUUACCAGGUACACUCAACGAUAUCAAUGUUCUUGAUCGGUCACCUGUUUUUGAUGACAUCUUACAUGGUCGAGCACCUAAAGUUAAGUUCAAGGUCAACAACCACACUUAUCGUAUGGCCUACUAUCUUACUGACGGAAUUUAUCCAAACUGGUCAACAUUUAUUCAAUCCAUCCCACUUCCUCAAGGUCCUAAAGCCGAGAAAUUUGCAAAAAAGCAAGAAUCCGCCAGAAAAGAUGUCGAACGGGCUUUUGGAGUAUUGCAGUCGAGGUUUGCAAUUGUUAAAAACCCAGCUCUACAAUGGGACAAGGAAAAGAUAGGAAAGAUAAUGAGAACUUGUGUCAUAUUGCACAAUAUGAUUGUAGAGAACGAACGACACGGAUACGCUCAAAUAAAUACUUCUGAGUUCGAAUCAGGAGAGUCAAGUAGAAGUUCAAAGGUGACAACCAGAGAAAGUAUUCAUGCCGGUGAUAUGUUAGGCAUGCGCAGAGAAGUUCGAGAUUAAGAGAAGCAUGCUCGUUUGAAAGCUGAUUUAAUGGAAAAUAUUUGGCAAAAGUUUGGUGAUGAAGAUGAAUAAACUUUGUUUGUUUUUCUAUUUCUCAAUUUAUGUAAGUUAUUCUUUUAAUGUAUUGAAUAAAUAGUUUUCAAAAAUCUAAUAAUAUUUUAAAUAUUUUAUUCUUGUUUUCUGGAUAAUUUGAAGAUUUAAAAAAAAAUUAAAUAUUAUUAUUUUAUUGUUAUGAACUCCUUCUUCAGGUUCACCAAUGCAGAAAAAAACAAAUACAGGUUCAUAACUAUUCAUGGACCCACAAAAAAAUAUUAAAAAAAACUUGUGAACCAAUGCUCAUGCUCUAAUGAUGGUCUUAUUCUUAAGAACUAUAAUAUAUGCUCUAAAUUAUUAAAAUCAAAAUUUUAUUUUAUUUUACAUCCCCUAAAAUCUGGGUCAGUCCUGAUAUAAUAACCUACGAGUAUAUUUUGAUAAUAAACAUAUAUUUACGAUUAAUAAUUUUUGUUAACAAGAAACCUGGAGAAAUAGAAGCAGAGUUCAGAGAGUUGGAAACAGAGAAGGUGUUGAAAAAGUUAUUCAACCACAAAACGGCUGGCCCGCUUUACCUCCCCAGAUGCAAACUAUUCAGGUCUGACUGGUUUCUCCGCCAUCAUCCCCAAAUGCAGCUUUUGCGAUUGGUAGGGGUUGACAGCGUUUCAAAACAAUCAUACAAACUACUACAAAUUGUUUUAUACCGUUAUGAACCUCUUAAAAUCAAAAGUUGAUUAAAGGUAACGUUUGCGGUUGCGGGUGGAAAACUAAAUAUAAAAUUAUUUUAAAAUUUUAAAAGUAAAACUUUAAAAUAGAAAUAUUAUAAAAUAUAUAUAUAUACAAAUUUUAUAUAUUAAUUUAAAUUCACAAACAGUAUCAUAAAUAAACAUGAUAUUAUUAUAAAUCAUAUUAUAUUAAUAAUCAUUAUAUUUUAUCACAAUAGUAUGUUUUAUAUUUUUAUAAUAUUAUAAUACUUUAAUAUUGGUAAUUUAUUAUUAAACCGUUACAAUAUCUGAUAAUCAAGUAGUCACAAAUAUCCUGCAAACGCAACAAUUUUUAAACAUUGUGUUAAUCGUAUAAAACACUUGGAAGCGCAACCACUAUAUCCGUAAACUCAUGCAUCUGCAAACUUCCGCAUCCGCAAACUCCUGCAUCCGCAAAUUUCCGCAUCCGCAACCGCAUCGUUUGAACCAGUGAACGAAUGGAGCCUUCAAACGCUCAGAAAACGCUGCAUCUGCCACAAAACAGUGGUUAACACAAGAAGAUCUUGACUAUUACGUCAGCAAGUACGAGAAGAAAGGCUUCACUGGAGCAAUUAACUACUACCGCAACAUUGACCGGUACUUAUAUACCACCCGGUUCAAUAAAUAUACGAUCACAGUUUUGACCAAUCGGUCUAAAUCCCGGUUUGCUUUUUAAACAGUAACUGGGAGCUGACUGCACCUUGGACCGGUGCUAAGAUUGGUGAACCGGUAAAAUUCAUAGUUGGAGAUCAGGAUUUGACGUACAAUUCACCUGGGAUUAGGAAUACAUUCACGGUGGUGGAUUUAAGAGAGACGUACCAUUGCUAGAUGAAACCGUCGUGCUCAACGGAGUGGGACAUUUCCUCCACGAGAUCAAUCAACACAUUCACAGCUUCUUUCAAAAGUUCCUUUAAAAUAAAAUUAUACUUACGUUUUGUAAACUACAAUCGUUAUUGAAACUAUCAAAUAAAGCAAGAAUAUUUGUGUUAGUUCUUUAACAAUUCAAAUAUAUAGCAUAUAUAUGAACCGGAUUAAACCAGAAA